AUGGUUGUUUUGUUACAUCGUGUUCUGCAGAACACGUGGCAGCCCGGUCGCGUGCCAGAAGCACGACUGUAUUCGGAUUCAGCCGUCAAAUCCCAUCUCGAAUCCGCCCACGAGGACAAAUCGCGAGGCCACAGCACGAGUGGCGACACACCAUCAUCAACCAGUCGUCAAUUCUCCCUGCCGACCAAAGUACCCUGGACAAAGCCCAAGGAGCGCUUUCCCCUGCCCCGGGAUAGCAUCAUUGCGCUGCCCACUGGCACCGCAAACAAGAUACCCCGGAUCCAGCAUGUCUUCUCUCCCGAGGCAGAAGGCCCCAGGAAAAAGCGCUUGCAGAGGCAGGCAAUGGUCCAGGGGGAAAUCCGGCGCUCAUGGACGGGAUACAGAAAGCACGCUUGGAUGCACGACGAGCUGAUGCCCGUCUCCAAUCGAUCCCGCGAUCCUUUCUGCGGAUGGUCGGCGACAUUGGUUGACUCGCUCGAUACCCUGUGGAUUGCCAGCCUCAAGGACGAGUUUGACGAGGCCGCCAAGGCCGCCGGAAACAUCGAUUUCACCCAUGCAAACGUUGCUAGGAUCCCCGUUUUCGAAACAACCAUUCGGUACUUGGGCGGCCUGAUAGCGGCCUACGAUGUCAGUGGCGGCGCGUCGGGAGGCUAUUCCUUUCUGCUAGACAAGGCCGUUGAGCUGGCUGACGUCUUGAUGGGCGUUUUCGACACUCCGAAUAGAAUGCCUCGACUAUUCUACUACUGGCAACCCGAGCACACCUCGCGACCCGCCGCCCGACCCGCCGGCGCAAUCAUGGCAGAGUUGGCAACUCUGUCCAUGGAGUUCACCAGAUUAGCCCAGUUGACGGCACAGCACAAAUAUUACGAUGCCAUCGAUCGCAUCACCAAUGGCCUGAUCGAAUUGCAAAAUGCGGGCACCGCCAUCCCCGGACUCUUCCCUGAGAAUUUGGAUAUUUCCGGCUGUAACCGGACUGCUACAGAGGGCCAGAGCAAAGCGCCCGAGGCCCAAGUUGAUUCAGAGGUGCCGCCAAAGGCGCCCCAAGGACAUGACCCAGGCGAGGUUGCUACAAAGUCUACUGGUCCUGGUGGCAGAGUGAAGCUUGACGACCGACUCGAACGCCGAGCGCCGCCACCUCUGCAACAGCAUGUUGACGCUGCGCUGCCUGCUUUUCAACCGCCUACCGUCAAGUCUCGGCCAAAUUUGCAAGUCCCUCUUGGAGCAGGUGGAGCCAAGUCGGAAUUGGACUGUGUUCCUCAACCACCUGUAUCUGUGUCUAAAUACCAUGGCCAUGAAAAAUAUCACAUGGGUGGCGGCCAAGACUCUGCGUACGAGUACUUUGGCAAGGAGUAUCUGCUUCUCGGCGGCAAGGAACCCAAGUAUCAAAAGCUAUACGAAAAUGCCAUUGACAGUAUUAACAAGUAUCUUCUGUUCCGGCCCAUGGUCCAGGGAGACUGGGACGUCAUGUUUCCCGCCAAGGUCACGCUGGCGCCUCACGGAGCGUCCGCAAAGGUCGAGUAUGAAGUCACUCACUUGACAUGCUUCAUCGGCGGCAUGUAUGCCCUUGGUGGAAAGCUUUUCGGACGUGAGAAGGAUCUGCAAUAUGCCAAAAAGCUAACUGACGGCUGUGUCUGGGCGUAUCAAUCUACCGCGACUGGAAUCAUGCCUGAAUAUGGACAGGUCAUUCCCUGUCCCGGUAUGGAGAAAUGCAGCUUUAAUGAGUCUCUAUGGCGGCAGCAACUCGACCCCGUUACCCGGGAACAGGACAAGGAAAUCCCCGGGUGGGAGAAGUACAGAUCAUCACAGCACGGGCGAUCAGGAAGUCACUCGCUUCAACAUCAAACAGCGCAUAUGGAAAAGGAGAGAAGAACAGGGGGCCUUGACACGUUGAGCGGAGACGAUGGAGACAACGGUUCCCGGCGAGGAACACGCAAUCCAGGCUCACCCUCGACCUCGUUAUCUGACAAGUCCGAUGUUCUGGAAAAGAGAGCCGCCAGCUCUGACGAGUCCGAAGACGUGGCCCCUACAUCUUCCGAUGGGACCAGCUCGCAAUCAAGGCGCGGCAAAGAGUCCGGCCCCGGUGGUGAGAAGCCCACCAAGCCGUCCAAGUCUGACGAAUCGAGUGAUGCUCCAAGCGUCAACAUUCCUACUUUGAAGGAGGACACUGGCUCGCAACCACCCAGCAUCCCCUACAACCGACCGCCUCAUGCAGAUCACGCCCCGAAACAAUAUUCGCACGAAGAGGUGGUACAGGAGAGGAUUCGGGACGGCACUCCUCGCGGAUACAGCUCUGUUUCCAACACUAAAUAUAUCCUUAGACCAGAAGCCAUAGAAUCAGUGUGGUACAUGUAUCGCAUCACAGGAGACCCCAGCUGGAUGGAAAAAGGCUGGGCCAUGUUCGAGGCCACGAUGGAGGCCACCCGUGCGCCGCAGGCCAACAGCGCCAUUGACAACGUCCUCCGCAAGGAUCACCUGCCUCUUGAUGGGAUGGAGAGCUUCUGGAUCGCCGAGACGCUAAAGUACUACUACUUGCUGUUCUCGGAGCCGGGCGUCAUAAGCCUGGACGAGUGGGUUCUCAACACCGAGGCUCACCCCUUCAAGCUGUAG